AUGGCUGCUACCAGUGCUGGGUUUAUCACGAACCCUCUGGAAGUCGUAAAACAUCACAUGGAAAUGAGCAAGAAGAGUCAAUUCCAAAACAAGUGUGCCAAAUUUUUCCACACCGGGUACACGGUAGCCAAGGCAGAUGGACUGAAGAGUUUGCAGAAGGGUCUGUCUCCGGCCCUUGGGGCAUACCUUGCCAGCUACGGAAUGAAGUUGGGCCUGGAUUCAGUAAUUGAUUUUUUUGUGGAGGAUAAGAAUCACCCUGUAGAUCUUUUUCAAAUCAGUGAAUGCGGUAUAUGUGAAAAUGUUGAUGGCCAUCGCUAUAAUAGUUAUUUAUGCAACAGGUGCAAAAAGUGA